AUGCGAUAUUAUCCCAGCGGUAAAGACCGUGACUCCUACAUCUCAGGGGUGCGUCCGGGCGGCAAAUUUGGUGCACUGCACGAUGUUAACAAGCGUCGGGACACCUUGCCAGAGCACGUCUUUGCCACGAUCCGUGACCAGGUAAUUCAAGAAGAACGCCUGCGGCUGUUGGACGAAGAGGCGCGAGCUCAUGUAAAGUUGCUUUUGGCUUCCGGCAAAAAUGGGAAGCGCAUGGCGGGUGGCGCCGCCGGAGAUGAGCGCCGGGAGCUGGAGCGAGUGGAAAAAGUAGAGACGAUCCAUGCGCGGCACCGAGCGUUGUUGGAGUUGUAUUCCUUGGAGAAGGAGCAGUGGAGGGCGGAGCUGGAGCACCGUGGCUUGUCGAUGGAUACGUAG